AUGGGAUAUUACAUAUUGCCAAAUUUAGCAUUAUUUAAGUUGCAGUGGGUUCGAAGUCAUAAGGAUAGUGAAUUUGGUUUGCUUUUGCUUUGUUAUACUGAGGAUGAAUCAGAACAAGGAUGUACAAUAGUAACUAUGCUACUGCAUAGCGGUUUCAAUGCUAUUGAACGGGCUAUUCAGCGGCCGUGCGCACUUUUUUUGCGGCGUUAUUUUAUUCCAAUCCCAACAGUCAUCAGAAGAAAUAUGGAGUCAAUAAGCAACAAAGAAAUAAUGCAGCAAAACGAGUCGAUUUUGGAGAAAAUUGUGAUAAAACAAUCUCAAACUACAGCACAAAAAGUAAAAGAAAAGGCAACUAAUGCGUAUCUGUACAUGGCAUAUGUAGUGUCAGUGAUUGUGAUGGGAGGUAUGGCAUAUUUACUCUAUGAGGAAAUGCUCGCACCCGGAGCACCACAAACAGUGUUUUCGAAGGCAUUAUCGUUAAUCAAAAAAGAUCCGGAUUGUCUUAGAUUAUUAGGUGAUUCAAUAAUGGGAUAUGUGGAAGGACGUGGACAAAUAAAACAAGUUGCACAUCACAUUUACAAAAAAGAUGGAAAUGAUAGGACACGCGUGAUGUUUAACGUGAAAGGUUCUCGACGUGAAGGUAUCGCGACAUGCGAAAUGGAAAAGAGUAAUGGGACUUGGGAGUGGCGCUUCCUCAUCGUUUCAUCUGUCGAUCUUGUUCCAGAAAGUGUUGUUCUGAUAGAUAAUCGUUGA